AAGUGGUGGAGAGCCGGCCCGGGUGCUGCGAGGAUGCCCGGCGCUCUUCAGGUAGUUCAUGUCGCGUGGUUUUUAUUGGCUUUAGGAUUUUUAACCGCGUUUUUCGUUCAUAAACUUCCAUUAAAAUUUCCAGGUGACGUCGAGCAGGUUUUCCAGGAUCUUAUUCGCUACGGAAAAACUAAGAGACCGCUGGAGCAGCGCCGCGCCGUCCUCCGCCUUCUGGACGUCCCCAAAAGAUGGUUCUGGCAUUUCUAUGCUAUAUCUGUCCUCUGGAAUGGGCUUCUCUUCGUCCUCUCCUUCCGUGCUGUAAUAUUUGGUGAGGCGCUUCCUGAAUUCUUGACUGACAUUCUUGGUUUCCUGACUGGAUGUCCACCGUCUGCUUGGACUGAACUUCCACUGACUGUCCUGGUGUUGCAAGCACUUCUGUGGGUUCAUUCCUUUAGACGGCUGCUGGAGUGCCUGUUGGUCAGCAUUUUCUCUGAUGGCAUGAUCCAUGUAGUUCAGUAUGCAUUUGGUUUGAGUUAUUACAUCUUCCUGGGGUUGACCGUCCUGUGUGCAGGUGUCUCACCGCCUACAGAUGGUCUGUUAAGAGACUCCACUGGACCAUUUCUGUCCCAACUCACUUGGUAUCAUAUAGCAGGAGCCCUGCUGUUCAUCUGGGCAUCUCUGCUACAGCACCGCUCACUGUCACUGCUGGCCAGCCUGCGUACUAACAGCUCAGGUAAAGUGGAGACUUUGGCCCACAGGAUCCCACAUGGGGGCUGGUUUGAGCUAGUGUCCUGUCCUCACUACCUGGCUGAACUGCUGAUCUACACUGCCCUGGGUGUGUGCUGUGGCUGCUGCUCUCUCACUUGGUGGCUAGUAGUGCUCUAUAUUUUCUGCAAUCAAGCACUGGCUGCCCAGUUAUGUCAUGAGUACUACCAAAGGACAUUUAAGGCAUAUCCACGUCACCGCAAAGCCUUCAUUCCUCUUCUGCUUUGAAAUGUUUUUUUAAUGUAUAUAAAUGGACAGGUUAUGAUUAAAUGUGUAGAACAGUAAAAUAA